AUGGCCUCCGUCAGCUCCCUCGAUCAGGACAUGCGCAAGCUGCGCCUGGCGAGAUACACCCCCCAAGCCGCCUCCGAAGUCCGCACCUGGAUCGAGUCUACAUUACACGAAUCUCUCCCUCCCGGCGACCUGUUGAACGCCCUGAAAGAUGGCGUUGCAUUGUGCAAACUCGCGAACCUAUUACUACCACCGCCUGGCAUCAAAUUCAAGAAGUCCCCCAUGCCGUUCAUACAGAUGGAGAACAUAUCCCACUUCCUCCAGGCCUGCGAGCGCCCUCCCCUCAACUUACCCGCACACGACCGCUUCCUCACUGUCGACCUGUACGAGUCCAAGGACCCCGCCCAAGUCCUACAGUGCCUGGGCGCCUUCAGCCGGAUAGCCAAUGCCGUAAGUCCUUCAAGAUUCCCCACCACCAUUGGACCCAAGCGCGCAGGCGCAGCAAAUCCAGCUAUAUUAGGCACGAACAGCACGAAUGGCAACCUCUCAACAAGCGACUACGGUCGUCCGCGGGGCCCAAGCAGCACCUCGGCCACCAGCAGCAUCAGCACAACCUCAACGCCCUUCCCCUCCCUCUCCCGCCCCUCGCCCGCCGCUCGUGCCCUCAGCCCCACCCUGACCGGCGAUUCCGUCUCCACGACCGCCACCUCGACCGACGCGCGCUCUCCCCCAGGCCCCGUAAGUUCCUGGUCCAAGAAGACCGAUGAGGCCUCAACCGCGCCUGCCUGGAACAUCCACCAGUACGGCUACAUGGGUGGCGCGAGUCAGGGGAAUCUGGGCGUCUCGUUCGGCGCGCGGCGGCAGAUCACGUCUGCGGGGCCCGCUGUGCCGUCGCUGGCUGAGAAGGAAAGGAGGAGGAGGGAACAGGAGGCGGAAGCUGAGCGGCUUCGUACCCAGGCUGAGGAGGCGGAGCGGCAACGCCGGGUGGAGCGGGAGGCGGAGGAGGAAAGAGAGAGGAUCGAGGAAGAGAAGCGCUGGGAGCAGGAGACGCGGCGGCUGCGCGAGGAGGAGAAAGCGCGCGUCGAGCAGCAGAAGCGCGAGUGGGAAGAGCAGGAACGGCGAUGGAGGGACGAAGAGGAAGCCCGAGUGCGGGCGGACAAAGAGGCCCAGCAGCGCGUAGAGGCCGAGACGAAGCGACAGCGAGCAGCCGAUGAUGCGAGAUUAAGAGGGCACUAUCCUCCCGAUACGAAUACCCGACCCCCGAACCAGCGCAGUACCAGCAGCUACAGAGACGAGUCCCCCACGCGCGCCGCCGAGCGCGAGCGCAUGCGCGACCUCGAACGCCAGCUCGAGGAAGCAAAAGAGCGCGAGCGGCAGUACCAACUCGAGCGCGAAGAGCGCCUCCGCCAAUCCUCCCCCCAAAAGCAUACCCGCUCUCGCUCAUCCAGUCCCUCACCACCCACCCUACCCCCCCGCGCCCCUUCCCCACAAGAAAGUGCUGCCUCCUGGGUCAUCGGCGGCGACGAGCGUGAACUCCUGCGGCAGCAAUGGCAAACCCACAACGAUUUCUCGGCGCCGAUCCCACCGCGGCCCCUGCCGGACCCAGACGUCAUCCCGCCGCCUCCGCCCAAGGAUCCAACACCCGCGCCCCUAUCUCCACGGCCACUGCCCGCGCCGCCCUCCGCACCCUCCAAUAGCACUUCAGCUAUGCGACCGCCGCCGCUGAGCCCUCAGCCAACACCACUACCUCGCGCACCACCGCCGCAACAGAGCCAACCCCCUCCCCAGCCGCUGCCGCGCACAACAACAGCACCCCUGAACUUCAACCCCCCACCUCCCUCCUCCCCACCCGUCCAAGCCCCCCGCGCCAGCCCCUUCGGCGCCGCGCGUCCCCAGCCUGUAACCGCGAGCGCGACACCGCCGCAGAAGCCGGAAAGGUUCAAGAGUUUGUUGGAGAGGGAGAUGGAGCGGGAGAGGGAACGGCAGAGGGAGUGGGAGGAGGCGCAGAUGAGGAGUAUAAGUGGGCAGGGCCAGGGUGCCAAUGGUGGAGGCGGAGCGGGGAGGACGGGGCUUUUGGGGCCGAGGCCGAGACCGUAG